UCACUUCCCUAAACAAGCCGGCCGGGCCGGGGCGGGAUGUGACCCUGGGGCUAGGGCCGGGACCAGGGCCGCCCGCUGGGCGGUCGCUUCCGGGACGCUGGGGGUGGGCGGCCGUCAUGGAGGAGCGGAAGAUGAAGCGGCGGAGCCCCAAGGCCUCCAGCACCCAUCCCACCCCGGCCGCCGGCGCCAAGAAGGGUGCCUUGCCCUCCAGCAAGAGCACGGCCUUUGCCCCCGCCGCGCCGCAGCCCGCGGCCCAGAGGCCCAAGCUGAAGCGAAUAACAAAAGAGAAAGCCAAACCUCCUGCAACAGAAGGAAAAGGAGCACAGGCCGCUCCAAUACAGCACUCUUUUCUCACAGAUGUAUCAGAUGUCCAGGAGAUGGAAAAGGGACUACUGAGCCUUUUGAACGACUUCCAUUCUGGCAAACUCCAAGCAUUUGGAAAUGAAUGUUCCAUAGAACAGAUGGAACAUGUGCGGAGUAUGCAGGAGAAGCUGGCACGCUUGAACUUGGAACUAUAUGGGGAGUUGGAAGAACUUCCUGAAGAUAAGAGAAAAAUAGCCAGUGACUCCAAUUUGGACAGGCUGCUAUCAGAUCUGGAAGAACUGAAUUCUUCUAUACAAAAACUACACUUGGCUGAUGCUCAAGAUAUUCCAAAUACUACCACCAGUUAAGAGUGUCGGUUUCUUGAUUUGGGGACAUCUCCAUGAAGCUGUAUAUUAUUUUUCCAGUGAAAUGUUGAAGCUGUAUUUUAUUUUUCCAGUGAAGCCUUUUUUGCACAACAAAGAAUUAUAAUUCAAAUGCAAUUUUUUUUUCGUAUUAGCUGAUUUGAGCACUGCAGUGCAUCCGGGUUGGAAUCUAGAGAUCUAACUACAGUGCUUGUGCUGCCAUGCUGUACGUUGUUGCCUUAUUAAAUAUAAAAUUUGGGAAAACUUGAAAGAACAUUUUCCUAUUCAGCAUUGUUCAUGUCUGAAUUCACUUAUGUAUAUAUGUUCUCUCGCAUUGCUGUGAUUUUAACUAAGGUGGCAGUGAUGUUGCUGCCUUCUUACUCAAUAUGUGGACAAUCUGCAUACUUUUUCAGUGUUUUAUUGAUCAAUGAUGACAUUAAAAGUGUUAAUGAAUUUAUUAAUACAAAUCAUUUUAAAAUUCACUACCCACAUUUUAUGUAGUAAAGUUCUCUCUCCAUAAUCAA